AUGGAGGCCUUGAAGGCUCAAUUGGAGCGCCUUAGCAUAACUCAGGACCUUGUUGAUGUUACUGUGGAACUCCAAAGCCUUGCGAAGGGAAUGAAGCCCGAAAGCGUUAUCAAAGCGCCUUCGUUCGAUUUGUUCGAAGGAACACACUCUCUGGAGAUCGACAAUACUAAACUGGACUCGAGUCUACUACAGCUGACGCAGAAAGAACAGGAAUUUGACUGUACCGUUGUGCAUGGGAGUUCCGAAGAACAAAAAGCCGAGUUUGUAACAGCCGUUGUGGAUCGUAUUUGCAGAUCUAUUGUGCUAUGGCUCAAUGAGUUCCAAACAUUGCCAACGACUUUGCUGAGCUGCCGAUACGUGGAAUAUAUAAUGCAUCGAUACACUCAGGAUCCGCGGGGCGAUCUCAGUACAUGUCGGCUACAAACGGGUGAUUUGCUGUUUGAUCAAGUUCUUGCAAGCUGCGUGAUUGGCGCAUGCUUCUUCGUUAAGUUCGUGCAGACUCUGUUUAGGGCAGGCGUCGUCUUUGAAGAAGAGGAUCUCAAUUGCAACACUAUGGGCCUAGACAUGCUCUCUAGCGUUACUCUCGAAACGGUCCUAUCACAUCUCGACUCGAGCCAACGACUGCUAAAAAAAUCAUACCCCAAAAAUCAGCAACUCCUUACACUCGUCGAGCUGCUGACGCAUUUAGUCGAACUUCACAAGUUUUUGCCGUCAAACGAAGAGUCUUUUGCUGAUCCAUAUUUGGAACCUCUUCAUAAGUUAAUUGGCUGCGCAGAACAAGCCAAGAGUAGUGAGAUGCACAGUCCCGAAGUGUGUGAAGGAGUGUUUUCAGCAGGCAUCCAAAAAAGACUGUCUAAUCAAUUUCCGCCCAGAGCGAUUGUGAACCCAAAAGGCAACGAAUACGAAGGCUUCGUUGAAUUGGCGCAAGACUUGUUGCUUGUACUCUCCGUAGAACAAGCCAAAACCAUCACAGAAAUCUCCCAGUUUUCUCGCUUCUUCAACCGCAACAAGCAGCGAAACGUUAUAGCUCGAGCUUUGUUCCCACUCUACUUGAUGAGGGAUGACCAGACGGUGUUGGGUCAAUAUAUGUUCAAUGACUUCUCUUUACUACAUCUGAAGGAAUUUUCCCUGUGUAGCACAUCCUUGUCUACUGCAUUGCAACAAGAGCCUAUGGAAUCACCACUGAGACAGAAGUUUGAGGAUUUCUUACAGGAAAUUUCAAGUGUUUUGUUUGAAUGGUAUCAGACUACAUCACAGAAUCGCUGUAGAUAUAGGCAGGGCUACAAUCGCCAACUGUUACUGUGGGAUUCGUUGCAAGCCCAGAUUGAGACUUACGAAUUGGAACUGGAGGCACAUACCAUAAAAGAUAUGCUUGACGAGGAGAAUUCGCUCAUGCCCAUGACGACUUGGGCAUUCUACAUGAAAUUACGUGCCAUGUCCGACUUUGUAUUGAUGGGAUUUGAACUUGACGUUUACAGACCAUGGGAGUUUUUUAGCAUGUUUUGGUACAGCUACUACUUGAGCCAACACUUGGAGAACAAUCUAGCCAGAGUAUCGAAAUCUCUUGACGCAAAGAUCGGGUCAAUCAUGAGCCUAAAUAAGAAGCUCAAGAAAUCGAAGGCAGGUGAGAAAAAGGACAGAAUACGAGAGGUUUAUCGUUCUAGAAUGGCAGAAGAAAUGCCAUUCCUGACGAGUACAAAAAACUUUGUUGCAUACAGCAUCUUAGAUUGCAACGUAACGAAAACACUUUCACUGGUCGGGGCUUGUCAGUUCGCGAUAUUGAAGUCUUGCGGAUUGAUUGAUAACCAGAAUGCAGCUAGCACCACGUUCAGCUCAUCGGAACGGGUGCACAAACUCAGAUUCAAAACAUUCGCUUCAAUAGGCGUCCCUGAACUGCCGACCCACGCAAUGUUUCAGCAGGCUCUGGAAGAUUUUGUUGUCACAACGGGGCCCAUGUUUGGCGUCAAGCUGACACAAUUUAUCAACUAUUCGCUUGAAGAGCUCGAAAAGGCAAAGAAGUCUUUGCGAAGCAUCAUGGAGGAUAUACAAAGUGAGGGAGACAUUGCAGCGGCCACACGGUUGGUGCAAACCGAAUCUUUGGAUUACUACAAUAGUCUUUUCCGUUCUGCCGAGGCUUUGACUAUAAAUGCACGAACUUUGAAGGCAAAAUUGAACAACGCGACGGUAGCUGACUUGGUCAAGAAAUACAAGGUAGAGGUAUCUCGUCCGAAAGGAGGAUGUCCGUACUUUCCCGUGCUGAUAAUCAAGGAACUGAAGUCGCAAUAA